GUUCAAACAAAAGGUUGCGCCACAUGUCAGUUUUGGGUAACACAUGGUUUUCAAAGGAAAUAAAAUUAAACAAAAGCAAAUAAAAGUAUAUGCUAAAGAGCAAGAAGCUGAGCAAAGAUACAGGGGUAUCAACUGUAGACAGAGAUGGUGGGUGAAGAGAUGAGCAGAGAGCUGGGCGGUUCAAUCCCAGUUGCAAAUGUCCAAGCUCUUGCUUCCAGCAACUCCGGUGACAUACCAUUUCGGGACCACCGACUGGAACUCCAGUCAGAAGAAGUUUUGGUGGAUGAGUCUCUCCAAAUUCCCACCAUAGAUAUGAGGAAGCUCAUGGUUGAUGAUGAUGAAAUGGGUAAACUUCACUUGGCCUGUAAAGAAUGGGGCUUCUUUCAGUGCUUAAGUUUUCAGCCUGUAAAUUAGGGCAACCUUGAACAAGUAUUCAUUGGAGCUCCAAAAAGGUUCAAGCUGCCUUGUUAAGUUGAUGGCUAGGAACCUUGGGAAUAAUCCUAAGCAACUUACAGAUAUGUUUGAGAAUGGAGGACAAACAGUAAGAAUGAAUUAUUAUCCAGCUUGUGUGAAUGGAAGCAAUGCUAUGGGCAUCACUCCCCAU